GUUCGGGGCCUAGUUGCGGGAGGAAAGAGGUAGGGGCGGGGUGUCCUGCCGCCUGGCUCGCCGAGUGUGCUGCGGAAGUGGCGAGGGCCGCUUGCUGACUGUUUCCGGGAGCUUUUCGAGCGGUCUCUCGGAAAAAUAGAGGGGGUUAUUUGCGGUUAUUUGGGGAGUAGACAGACCGAGAGUUAGAUCUCUUCCCCGAUAGUUCCGCAGCUAAGUGUAGUCAAAGCAGUGACUUAAUUUCUUCAGCAACCCAGUGCCGAGCCCUGCGGUGCCAAAUCCUGAGCUUGGCACAGCGCCGUCCUCUCAAGAUCUAAAGGAGCAUGGAUCUGCCUGUGGAUGAGUGGAAAGCAUAUGUACUUCAAAAGUGGUCUUUGCUUCCCAAGUCCAUCCAAGUCACAAUUUCUACAGCAGAGACUUUGGGUGAUAUCUUUCUUCACUCUUCUUCACUUCUUCAACCUGAGGAUGAGAUGUUUUUAAAAAGUCUCUCUAGCAGUUACCUGGUGGGAAAGGACCUGAAUGCUCCCCUCUUCUACAGAAAGGAAGGCAACAAAAAAUUUCAAGAGAAGGAUUAUAUGGGAGCCACAGUGCUGUACUCUAAGGGGAUAUCACAUUCAGGGCCAAACACUGAGGACAUUUCACUGUGUUAUGCCAAUCGCUCCACAGCCCUCUUGUACCUGGGUCAGUACAAAGCAUGUCUUAAAGACAUCAUCAGAGCACAGAUGCAUGGGUAUCCAGAAAGACUGCAACCCAAGAUGAUGUUGCGUAAGACGGAAUGUCUGGUGAUCCUAGGGAGACUGCAGGAGGCAGUCCAGACCAUCAGGGAUCUUGAAAGUAACUUGGCUGCCAAACCAACCCUAGCAGCUUCCCAGUUUCAUAUUCUGCACAGAAACAUUUGUCAUCUGAAAAUGAAAGUACAGGAAAAGAAGAAUCUCACAGAAACCUUGCCAGCUCUAACCAUGGCCUUUGAGGAUAUGGGCCUAAAGGAAGAGAAUGAACACAUUUCUAGUGCAUCUUCAUCUGUCAGUUUAUGCACAGACCCUUUAAAAGGCCGCUAUCUGAUUGCCACAAAAGAUAUUCUCCCAGGAGAGCUUCUGGUGAAAGAGGAUGCUUUUGUGAGCGUCCUUAACCCUGGAGAAAUGCCCCCACUACAUCAAGGCCUAGAGAGCAAGUGGGAUACAAGAGUUACCAAUAGCGACCUCUACUGUCACCGCUGUUUGAAGCACACAUUGGCCACAGUGCCCUGUGAUGGGUGCAGCCAUGCCAAGUAUUGCAGCCCAGAAUGCAAGCAGCAGGCCUGGAAUCUCUACCAUAAUAUCGAGUGUUCUCUAGGGGGGCUGCUUCUCACACUGGGUGUCUUUUGCCACACUGCCCUGAGGACAACUCUUUUGGCUAGAUUUGAGGAUGUUGGCAAAGUUAUAAGGAAGCUUUAUGGUGAGAUUAGUAACAAGGACAUCUGUUCACCUGACAGCAAGAAUCUGGUGCAAACACUCAGUUAUGACCUGGAAGAGAGGAGGGAGCAAAAUGGCAAAACAGUUGAGACCCCAAUUCCUGGUUGUGAUGUUAACGGAAAGUAUGAAAGUAACUAUUAUGCUGUCCUCAACCUCUUGCCCCAUACUGAAAACCACAGCCCAGAGUACAAAUUCCUCUGUGCUCUGAGCAUCUCCGCACUGUGUAGACAGCUCGAAGCAGCUGAGUCCUUUACGCCGAAAGCAGCAGUGGCUCCCACCUGGUGUCCAGAGCUGACUGUUUGGGGAGUGGCCAUGCUGAAACACAUGUUACAGCUACAGUGUAAUGCUCAGGCAAUAACUGCCAUCCAGCAGACAGGAUCUAAAGAGAGCACCAUUACACACAGCAGGCAGGCCCGUCUUGCCACAGGCAUCUUCCCUGUUGUCAGCCUCCUGAACCAUUCCUGCAGCCCCAAUACCAGCGUGUCCUUCAUUAGCACUGUUGCCACCAUCCGGGCAUCACAACACAUUGGAAAAGGGCAAGAGAUUCUCCACUGCUAUGGGCCUCAUGAGAGCAGGAUGGGUGUUGCUGAAAGGCAACAGCGGCUGCGGUCGCAGUAUUUCUUCAACUGCAGCUGUGCAGCUUGUCAAACUGAGAAGUGCAGAACCGCUCCGGGGCCCAGGUGGGAAGCAUUCUGUUGUAACCGUUGUCGAGCGCCCAUGCAGGUGAAUCUCUCUCCUCCCUUCUCGUCUCUACUUUUCCAGGGAGAUGCUGUGCUGAGCUGUGCCAACACGUCCUGUUCAGAAUCAGUCAGCAGGGAUCACCUAGUCUCCCAGUUACAGGACCUUCAGCAGCAAGUUGGGAUGGCCCAGAAGCUUCUCAGAGAUGGUAAACUAGAGCAGUCCAUUGAGCUGUUGUUGGGGUACCAGCAGGAUGCUGAGAGCUUCCUGUCCACAGAACACAGCAUGCUAGGAAAAAUCGAGGAUGACCUGGCCCAGGCCUACGCUGCCUUAGGGAACUGGCAGGAGUCAGCUACGCAUCUACAGAGGAGCCUCCGAGUGGUUGAGGUUCGCCAUGGGCCCUGCAGUAUUGAAAUGGGCCAUGAGCUCUUCAAACUGGCUCAAAUAUUUUUUAAUGGGUUUGCAGUGUCUGAAGCUCUGAACACAAUACAAAAGGCAGAGAAGGUUCUGUUGGUGCACUGUGACCCCUGGAGUGACGAGAUCCAGGAACUACAGAAGAUGAAGUCCUAUAUUCUGGCCUUGCCGCCUGUCCCUAUGGGGCCUUCAGUGUAGGUUCCCAAGGGCACUGCCCCACAGGAAAGAAACCUGUGUGGAAUGAGUCAGAGAGGUUCUGCUACUGCUGAGAUGUUGCCAGGAAAUAACAAGACUUGCCUGACAGUCACAUACCUAGUGUAUGAGGGGCAGGGAGGGCUUGGAAAGCAUUCCAGUUGGAGAGAUGCUCACCUAUUUUGAUGUAUGUUUCUUGAAAUAGUUAACUGCUCUGCGAUAAAAACUCCCAGUUCCCAGAAAAGUCUUAAAACUAGUAUCUGGAGAGCCUCAGUCCUUUGAAAGGAUUUUAGCUUAUCUGCAGGCAUCUGGAUGUUAGCCUGGGGUUUUGAGACUCCAUCUCACUAAAUGAUGAUAGCCUGUUUCCCUGGAACAUUCCUGUGGUUUCUAGUAGUAAUGAAAAUUUGUGUACCACUCCACUGGGAGCCAAACUCUUAGUAGUUGGAUUGUAAUUGAAAAAUAAUUAUAAAGUAAGAAAUCCGUGAGGCUGCUUACCUCUAGAGACAGCUUCAUUUAUGGUAUCUAGCUUUUGUUAUGGUAUCUAGCUUUCCUUUUGAAUCUUUUGUUAAAACUAGUGGAGUGUAAAUUGUGAAAAGAGAAAUAUGGGGCCAUUCUGUUGUUAGGUCACUUCUUCCUGAGAUGGCAACUCUAAAUUGAUUUUCCAUCAGUUUUCCAGUCCUUAUCUUCUGCCUUUCAUUCUGUACUCUUGGCAGACUCACUGUCCAAACAUUAAUAAAAUCAAGCCUAUAGCCAUGGCUUUAUAACACA